CUCAACAGGUGCUUUAUCAUUCACUUCUACUUCACCCCUACCAACUGUUUGCUUAUUUGACCGAGUGAAUGAAAAUGUCUGCAGCUUUAUUUCUUGUUUUCAGCUGUUUCAUUUGCAUUGCUUCUUGUUUGCCGACUCAUCACCACCCCGACAGGAUCGCCCGUUUGCCGGGACAACCGCCGGUUGAUUUUCAGCAGUUCUCCGGUUAUGUUUCUGUGGAUGAGAAGAGAGAAAAGGCUCUGUUUUACUAUUUCGUUGAGGCAGAAAUUGAUCCACCUUCAAAACCUCUGGUUUUGUGGUUGAAUGGAGGGCCUGGUUGUUCUUCGAUUGGUGUCGGAGCAUUUUCGGAGAAUGGACCAUUCAGACCAAAUGUAGAGGUUCUCCUCAGAAAUGAGUAUAGUUGGAACAGAGAGGCAAAUAUGCUGUAUCUGGAUACACCGGUUGGCGUAGGAUUCUCGUACUCGACCGGAGCAUCCUCGUACGAAACAGUGAACGACGAAAUAACAGCCAAAGACAAUCUCGUGUUCUUGCAAAAGUGGUUCCUCGAUUUUCCCCAGUAUAGGAACAGCAGUCUCUUUAUAACCGGGGAAAGUUACGCAGGCCAUUACGUACCUCAACUUGCUAACCUCAUAAUUCAACUCAACAAGAAGAAAAAGAUAAUCAAUCUCACCGGGAUAGCACUCGGGAACCCACUAUUGGAAUUUAGCACGGACUAUAAUUCACGAGCAGAAUACUUUUGGUCACAUGGGCUAAUAUCGGACUCUACGUACAACGUGUUCACUUCCGGUUGCAAUUAUUCGAGAUAUGUGAGUGAAUAUUACAGAGAUUCCGUUUCGGUUCUUUGUUCGAGGGUUAUGAGCCUCGUAAACAGAGAAAGCAGCAGAUUUGUGGACAAAUACGAUGUAACGUUAGAUGUAUGUAUACCGUCUGUCCUUUCACAAUCCAAGAUCAUUGCUCCUCAUCAAAAUUCCGAGAGGAUAGAUGUAUGUGUCGAAGAUGAGAUUACGAAAUAUUUAAACCGGAGGGAUGUACAGAUGGCUCUCCAUGCUAGGCUCGUUGGGGUGCGCAAAUGGGAUGUUUGCAGCAACAUACUUGACUACGACAUGCUCGAUUUAGAGAUACCGACAAUCUCAAUCAUAGGAUCGCUUGUCAAAGAAGGAAUUCCAGUACUAAUCUACAGUGGGGAUCAAGAUUCCGUAAUCCCAUUGACCGGAACUCGAACAUUGGUUCACAAACUGGCAAAACAACUCGGACUAAACACAACUGUAACUUAUCGAGUUUGGUUCGAAGGACAGCAGGUUGGUGGUUGGACGCAAGUUUACGGGAAUAUUCUAUCGUUUGGAACCGUAAGAGGCGCUUCACAUGAAGCUCCAUUUUCGCAGCCAGAGAGAUCAUUUGUGCUGUUCAAGUCAUUUCUUAGUGGAAAGCCUUUGCCACUUGAGUUUUGAACUUCAUUUUUUAUUUUUGGUGGUGAAAGUAAAUAUGUUAAAGGUUGUAAAUAGUCUUGAGCAUUUUAUAGGGGUUCUUUUGUCCAAUUUUUUUUUUCAAUAUUUUAUUUUUCUUUUUUGGUUGUGUGUGUGUGUUGGGUGUGGGGGGGUGAUGGGGGUUGAGGUUUCAAAAUCCAUAAAAAAAAAAUGAAACAAUAUCUACAAUUUACUUGUU